GUUUGUUUGAUAACUAUAGCAAUAAAAAAGAAAUAUUACUAUAGUUGUCUAGUACCUAAAAAGUAAAUUUCUUUGCUUAAAGAUCUUCGUUUACUCCAGGCUCUUUUCUAUUAUUUUCUUCCUUUAAAUAGCUAAGUAAGCAUCUAAGAUCGCUGCAUUCUGGAUAUAUACUUUCAUUUCCCUUAGCGAAGGCUACUCCUGUUUUAUUGUCUAAUCUGUUCUCAUACUUGAACAAACCCGCUUUUUCCAACAAAAUUUUGCUUCACAACAUAAACCUGAGAGUGUUCAGUUGUAUUCUGUUCCUAGAAGUCAAAGCUCUAAACAAAUUCUGCGAAUUUUUUUGGGUAAACAACCACAGUCUCCGAGAAAGUAUUCGACUUUAACCUCUCUGUGUUCAUACUGUUAAUAAGAGUACUUUUGUUAGGUAUUUGGACUCCCUGCUACCAAUGACCCUUUCCUUUCUGUAUGCAUAGCUUGUCUAUAAAACAUCAAUUGAGGAGUCCGUAAUGAAUGGAAUGAAAGCCCAACAUCCAUCCAGCAUUCUUAUGCUUAAACGGAAGAGAGCACUAGAAGCUUGCGACUCUUGCAGAAAACAAAAAACGCGUUGUCUUGCUGGCCCACCGGAUGAUGAAGAUCGCACUUGUUUGCGGUGCCGGUCUCUACAGCUCGAAUGCAGCUUGGCCAAAUCUAGCCAAACUCUUCGUAAACCUGAUGGUGAUGCGUUAGAAUCUUCCGCAGCGGCCAUCGUUAAUGUAAAUCUCGAAAAACGACUUAAAGUUUUGGAAAAGGCCGUAAGCUCUCUUUCAACGUCAGCCCUUCAUGCACGACCCUCCUACCCCCGGGAAGACAUUUUUGUUAACGGUAUUCUUUCCCUUGAGGAAAUCGAGCUUUUACUCGAUAUCUUUAUUGAGCGCUACGGUAGGCGUUGGCUCUCAGUUAACUGCGGUGGGGCUGAAUACCUCGAGUUUCUUUACCACAAGUCUCAUCUUUUGCUCGCAACUGCCUGCGUAACGGCUUUACGACACAAUCCUUCCCUCAGGGCUCGUGUGUAUCCACAACUACUCGAUAUAGUUGAUCGCCUUGUUUCCGAAGAGUUACUCACUGCAUCACCCUCUCUCCAAUUUUUUGAGGCUGUCUCUAUCUUGUCUCUUUAUCAACCUCUUCGCUAUGUUCAAAAACAAGACCUUUGGCUCCUAAGUGGGUUUUCCUUGCGGCAUCGCAUCCUCUCGAGUACUCAAGGUUGGUUCAACGGUUUUUUAGGUUCUCGAUCUACCCUUACUUACCUCGACAUUGUUCCUGCUCGCACUUGGAAUCAUCUAUGUCACGCUCAUCUAGUCAUAUGCAUAGGGUAUCGUCGACACGCGAUGCUUGAAGAGACCACUUUCGAUGAAUGUAGAAAUAUUUUGACCAACUGUAAAGCCAGUGAAUUUGAUGGAAACAUCCUUGGUAUGCUGUCCCUUUACUCAAUGUUAUAUCGUCUACUUCGUUCGUCAUUUGACUUGGAAUAUGCCAUCUUUCAGCUUGAAGAAUGGCGAAAAGAAUGGUGCCAUUUAUGGGAGCAACCCGAACCAGUAUAUUCUCAAGUUGCUUAUUAUUACGCUUACAACGUAGUUUAUGAAGCUUGCAUCCAAAUGGCCACCGAUACGAAGCAUUUUACUAAUAUUGCGAAAUAUGUCAGUAUGCUUGAAGCAUAUGCGUUAAAGACUGUCAACGCCAUUUUUGAACUCUCUGCUUACGAUAUGUCUCGUUGUUCUGACCACGUUUUAUUUCAUGCUGCCUUUGCUUGUACCAGCAUGCUACGACUAAUCUAUGCUGCGAAAACCAAAGAUAUUGGUUCUCUAGCCAUUCAAACAGAUCUUUUGAAUGAAGUUGUUACAAAGACAUGGAAAUGGCUUUUAUUGAUUAGUGUUGAUCAGUACCAUCUGGCUACCAAGUUUGCUACCUACCUAAAAGAAUACCAGGUUACUGUCAAUGAGGCAGGCCCUGAAGCUUUUCUUCCUACCACAAAAUCAAGCUCUUCUGUCGUCCAUUCACCUUCUGAUCCGAUGUCGACUGCGUCCACUUGGUAUAAAGGCCCUCCUCGACCGGUAUCUGAUGCAACCCUACAAGGUCUAAAACCCUAUAAUUUAGGAGUGGCUACCGUGGAACAUGGCUAAUCCAGCUUGUUAACUUUUCAUUAAAAUGACUAAAUUUCUUUGCUUAUAAUUGGUUUAUUUUCAUUGCAAAAUGAUUGUCAAAAACGCAGAGAAAUAUCAGCACUCGUUGCUGAAGGGUACCGCGGGAGGCCCCCGGAAUCUGCAUGGAAUUGUAGAGCUGAAAGUCCCGGAUUUUGUUCAUAUAUAUAUGAAACCAAAAGUCUCUCAGAAAAUGUCAUUUUCUAUUUAAAUUUAUCGUUUUUGUAUCUCAUUCUCUCCCAUCCUUUUGUGUCAUAUCUUUGUCAAGAUAUCAUUGAUUCCUUAAAAUAA